UUAAACCAUCACUUUUUAAUCAAUUAUUGGUAAUGUCUGCCCGACAGUGUGUUGCAAUCGUUACUGGCGCCAAUAAAGGAAUUGGCCUUGCCAUCGUCCGAGCACUCUGUAAGAGAUUGAACGGGUACAUUUAUCUAACAUCAAGAAAUGAGGCACGUGGACAAAACGCUAUCAAGGAUUUAGAGACAGAAGGAUUGCAUCCACAAUUUCACUUGCUGGACGUUACCAGUCUUGAAAGCAUCAGAUGCCUUCAGGAUUACGUGAUCUCAAAACAUGGUGGCGUUGACAUUUUUGUUCACAAUGCUGGGAUCGCAUAUACUGGAAAUGAUGAGGCAGCAUUUUCUGAGCAAGCGAGUGUGACAGUUUCAACUAAUUUUACCAGCUUAGUUAAUUUAUGUGAUACUUUUUUGCCAACCAUGGAAGACGAAGGACGAUUUAUCACUUUAUCAUCAAUGGUGGCAAAGAUGGCCCUUAAUAAGUGCAGUCUUGAAGUUCAGACAUUUUUCAAGUCACCCGAUUUGUCCGAGGUUUUACUUUUGCAGAAGAUGGACGAGUUUGUACAAGCUGCGCAAUACGGUAAUCAUGAAGCAAUAGGUUUUCCUAGUAUGGCUUAUGGAAUGUCAAAGUUAGGAGUUACUGCAUACACUCGUAUAAUGGGUCGAAAAAUGCGGGAAAACAAUCGCUCCAACACAUUGAUUAAUUGUGCUUGCCCUGGUUACGUAAAAACUGAAAUGACAAAUCACAGGGGAACCAGAACACCUGAUCAAGGAGCAAAAAUACCUAUUUAUUUAUCAACGCUACCAAAGGGAUUGAAAGAACCGUCUGGGGAGUUUUUCUGCAAAGACAGACUCGACAAAUGGUAUUCAUGAAUGGUUAUCUUUCCAUAUUCAUAUCUUCCUUCUUCACAAAGUUUGUUGCUUUUUCAUUCUUUAUCACAGUAAUUAAUACAUUAAGUAAAAUUCUGUGAUUCCGUAA